AUACGAGAGCGCGCACGCACGUAUAUAAUAUAUAAUAUAAACUAUAGAAUUCUCUUUAUAUGCAUUUGUCAUCGAUAAAGUCGAGAGAAACCGUGCGAUCUGCUCGCUCGCUGAAGGGGUGACGGAAUCGAACGGACAGGGAGGCUGUGGAAAGUCUCAAGUGGCGCCGAGCAACUCCGAUUCUCGGCCGAAAGUGCGCGGUAACGGUCGACGAACAAACACGAGAAUAUCCGAAGUUGAACUGAGCAGCUUCUACACAACGACCACGAAAUGUCUGUUGUAGAGUUCGAUCUUCGCGAAACUGAUAUCGAAAUUUGAAUACGAUAUCAUCACUGACAGAUCAGCGUGAUUAAUAAGAUGUGUUUUAUCUCGGUCGACAGCGAUAAACAUGGUGAAAAGUGAUGCGAUGAAUCGUUCGAAAAGAUCAAUGUGUUGGUAGUGCGCGAUUAUGUUUUGUGUGCAAUAGUGUGCUACAUCUUGAGAAACGUGACAUUCGUAUACAUAGUGUAUAUGUAGUUAUAGAGAAACAAAACAGUGCAAACGUGUAAUAUACGAUGCAUGUGUUUAGUAUGGAUUUCUACAUACACGGAUAUAUGUAGUGUAUAUUAAUACAAAAAUUUCGUAGAGAGCGGUACGAAAUCUAACAAAAUAUUUUCCCGACUAGUCUCAGCCGUUUCCUUUUCUCUUUUUUUCUCCUUUAGCGUCGCUAUCCUCUUUUAUCGUGCAUCUAUUUUUCCCACUUUUGCUAGCUAACAUCUCCGUCUUCGUCUAGCCGGUAGUAGCGGCCGUCAUCAUAGCCGUUGAAAAUAUGCUUGGUAUAGAAGCGUUAGUGGCGUCGCUGUCGUGGUUGGUAUUGGUUCUGGCGUCGGUGCUGCUGGUGGUGCUGGUUUUGGUAUUGAGAAUGGUGUAGCGCGGGUGUGCGCGCGCGGUGCUGUUUCGACGGCAUAUAGUGCGGACGGUGGCUUUAGACUUGAAGCUGCGGAAGAAAGGCCGCGAGCUCGAUCGUGUUCCAAUGGCCUGAUACACAUUACCAGACGCGUAUAUGAAGCUACACUGCCCUGAAUCGUCGAUGGGCGUGCGGGGGUGACUGGAGUGAUGGGAUGGGGCUAGAGCCCCAUGGAGUUCGGGUAGACCCGUCUCCGGCCCAACUCCCCAGCCCCCUCCGCCAUCGAUAUCGUCACAGCUCCUGCCAGCGUCGCAGAGGGCCGCCUCGAUCGCGAUGGAGGCCUCUAAUAAUCAACAACAGAAAAAGGAGCCAAGCGUUCACAGGCCUUGCGCCUUCGACAAGAUGGAGGGGCUGGUGCGGGAGAUGCAAGACCCUGAGAACGGGGUACCCGUGCGCAGCCAAAAACAAUUUCUCACCUCAAUUCCUUCGGCUUUCAUGGGUGAGUGCCAUCGGUACCUGCGUUGUGGAGUAAGCGUAAGCGGCCAUCACGGCCAGGACACUACAGUAGGCUGCCUGCGUGUUGCAGGUUACGAUCUCAUCGAGUGGCUGAUGGAGCGGCUUUCCAUCGAGGAAUCAGUAGAGGCGGUCCAUAUUGCCAAUCAACUCUGCCAGUAUGGCUACUUCUUCCCGGUGAAUGACUCCAAGACACUCACCGUAAGGGAUGAUAGUUCUCUGUAUAGAUUUCAGACACCAUGUUAUUGGCCAUGGCAACAUAAAAUCCCUGAUAACAUGGAAUAUGCUAUUUAUCUGGCUAAGAGAACUUUAAGAAACAAGCAACGACAUGCUCUUGAAGAUUACGAAAUUGAAGCUUUAAACAGUCUACGUAGGAACUUGCAGAACAAGUGGGAUAUGAUACAACUUCAAGCUGAAGAACAGGUUCAGGUACGCUUAUCGAAGGAGCGAAAAAAAGGGGAUAAAAUAGUAAGCGAUUCUCAAGAGCGAGCAUUUUGGAGAGUUUACAGGCCACCACCUGGUUGUCUAAGUAGCCUCGAAGUAACACCCGUACCUACGCGUUUUCAUCCUGGACUUUCACGUCCUCCAUCGCGUAAACGCACUUUAACCGAUCUGCAGCGCGAGGUGGCCCUUUUGAAGAACAGCUUAACGCGUACAAGAAUAAAAGUUUCUGCUGCUAUCGAAAAUUUCAACUCAUACUUCGAAACAUACGUGGAAUACGAUCCAAUGUUUGUACAGCCACAACCUUCCAAUCCAUGGAUUACCGACGAUCAAACAUUUUGGCAGCUAAACAGUCCUCUAGUGGAAAUUCCUACGGAAAAACGUGUUAAGCGGUGGGCAUUAUCCAUGGAAGAGUUAAUGUCCGAUCCUACUGGUUUGCAAGAGUUUACGCAGUAUUUGAGAAAAGAAUACAGUCAUGAAAAUAUACGAUUUUGGUUAGCGGUUAAAGAUUUGAGGCAUAGUUUUCAAGCAAAAAUACCCGACAAAGUUAACGAAAUCUUCAGAGAAUUCUUAGCACCCGGAGCACCUUGCGAGAUAAACAUAGAUGGGAAGACUAUGGAAAAAGUUCAUCAAGAGAUGAAAAAUCCAAAUCGAUUCACGUUCGAUUCCGCCGCUGAACACGUAUAUACGUUGCUUUUGAAAAAGGAUUGUUAUCCUAGAUUUAUUCGUUCCGAUCAGUAUCGAAAUUUAUUAGCCUCUGGCGUGCAACCUUCGCAAAAAAAAUGGUUUUUUUUCGGGGGACAAGCGAAAAAGAAAGUUUCCUCGACUUCGACUUCGAUUUCGGCCCCAACUCCGACAACGAGCACGUUGCAACACCAUGCUGUAACCGCCGGCGGGGGAGGAGGGGGUGGAGGUGGUAGUAAACGAAGGGGAAGCGAUCGAAGUCUUUCCGGAUCUGCUCACGAGUUAGCCAUUUGUGGUAUUCGAGAUGCAAGUUCGAUGCCUAGAGUACCGCAUUCUCACAGUCAGUCGAAUCUCACCGAUAUUCCAUAUAGGGGAGAUCUGGCUCGACUCGUAAAGAUUCCAACAAGGCCUAUCCCGCAUAACGUUCAGGAUGCUGGCACAUCGGAAACAUCGAUGGCUCGCCCUAUGGACGACGUUUGCCCGUGGGACGUGGCUCCAGGGCCGAGUGUAGAGCACGAUACGGAUACGGGCGCGCAGCUACGCCAUCCAAUAUCAUCUGGAGUGACGGAAAGCCAAGCGGAAGAAGGAAACGAUAACUUGAUUAGCCAGUCACAUUCCAUCGAAGUUGGGGCACGCCCGUCUCGCAAAAAUUCAUCGCAAUUCGAUUCCUGUAGUUCUUCGUCGGACUUGAGCUUGGCGGUGACGGAAGCGGUAUCGGAACAUCUUCGAAAGUCUUGCAGUUUGCAACAAAGUAGCAGCACAGGUGGUGGCUCGGAACGGAUCGGUACGACGACGCGAAAUUAUUCGAUCGGCUCGGUUGGCGGAAGGGCGAAGCUUGGAGAGAUCGGUCGACCGUCGGCUUCGUCGUUUAAUUAUCCGUCGCCGCAGCACUCGUUGGAAUAUUCGCACGUGGCGACGGAGAUCCGAUCGGAGGGGAAGGAUGUAGCCGAGGUGGUUGAGACGGAAACGAGGUCAAAAGUCACGUUGCUGGAGAAGGAACACGCGAAGAAAACAUUGAGCAAGGCCCCCCUGAUAAGCAUUAGCGCGAUUGUGGGCGAGCUGGCGAGCGAUAGCUUCGCGGUUCAAGGGGAGGAAAGAAGGGAGGACGAUUGCGGCAAGGGUGUGGCGGCGAAGGAAGGGGAGGUGGAGAUGGAGAAAAGGAAAGGGGAGGCGGAGGGUGAUAGAGGCGACGCGGUUAUCGUCGCGGAAGAAAAUUUGGCAAUUUCGACUCGGGUGGAAACGGAGGCGGAGGAAUCGCUGGAGGAGGCGCAAGUCGUUCCUGUUUGGGAGCCGGACACCCGACAGGACGACCAAAUGGCACCCGUUACCCAACCAGCUCCUCAACAAAAGCGUGACAAUAACGUUAACGAAGUGUGCCCGUGGGAAGACGAGGAAAACUGUAGAGUGGAUGCACCCUAUGUGAAAACCUACGCGACUUUAGGUUAUUUGUAACUUUAGAUAUCGGUACUAAACAUACAUUUCACGUAUAAACAUUUGCAAUUUCAA